AUGCAAGGCUCGAUAGGAAAUUUUGUAGAUGCAUUUAUACUAAGCUUGAUAUUAUACACUCAAUCAACAUUCACAUUAUAUGAAGAUCAAAUUGGGAAAUUUGAUUGGCAUCAAAAUUAUAUAGGAUUUGUAACACAUGUUUUUGUAGGAAAAGUUUUAGAUAGUAGUAAACACAUAAUACUUGCCACUGAACAAAAUAUAUUAGCAUCUUUAAAACUUGAAACAGGCGAAAUUGUUUGGAGACAUAUAUUAGAAAGUGGAAGAGAAGGUCAUAUUGAGGUUGGAUUUAUAAUAGAGAACAAAUUAAUAACACUGCUGAAUAAUUAUACAAUGAUUAGAGUAUGGAAUGUACUUACAAGUUUUAUGAUUGAAGAAAUAAUGAUUCAGAAUACAGCUAAUAAUAUCCAACAACUUCUUUAUGAUGAAAAUUCUGGCUAUAUUUUAUCCAAAAAAAUGGAAUCCAUUAUGUUACAUAGUAUACCUAGAUGGAAGCUUAUUUGGGAGACAACUUAUAAUAAAAAAUUUUAUGAUCCACAUUUAUAUAUUAACAGAAUAACAAAUAUGUUAAACAUAAUUGAUAUAUCUUUAGAAAAACAACUGUUAUCAUUUGUAUCAUUUAAUCUUAAAAAUGGAACAAUUAUAUCAGAACUAAUAUCAAUUGAUGAAAAUUUCUCCAAAUACACAAUUAUUAAAGAUGGGAUGUUUUUUAUUUGUUUGCUUGAUAACAAAAAAAUAUAUGUUUUCCAUUCACAAAUAAACAAUUUGAAAUACUUUUCUUACACGUUAGAACAAAAUAUCAUAUAUCCAUUGGAGACUAAAUUUGUGAUGAAAUUAUUCACACCUGUGUUGUCGCAUAUUUCUUUCAUUUUUAUACAUGAUCUAUCAAACAAAAUAUUUGAAAUCUAUCAAAUUAUACUUAAGAAGACACAGAGUCAUCAAUAUGACAUGUCUUUCAUGAAAAUUGGAGCUAUAUUAGAAAAUGUACAAUAUUUUUCCUUUAAUACGGACAAAUCGAAUCAAAUUUAUGUGUUUACUCUUUCACCUUCGAAAUCUGAAUUGAAGAAUCCUGAAGCUCUGGAAAACCAAAUUGUAGAAUUAAAUACCUACGUUUUAACUUACGAAAAAUGGGAUUCUACAUUGACUAAAAGGACAAAAGUACUCCUAUCCCUACCCAACCUAUCUAACAUCCUUUCGUUUUUGGUUACGAUUCCUACGGAUGAUUAUGAUACGCCUAGCAAAUACAGUGUGCUUAUUCGAUUAGAUGACUAUUCAUUAAUGUUGAUAUCCAAAGGUAAAAUUAAAUGGGUUAGAGAAGAGGCAUUGGCCUACAUCGAAAACAUUGAAAUGCUCGAUCUCCCCAUUGCUAAUAAGCACGCUUUAACAUCAGAACAAGGAUACCUCGAAUCAAGCGUGAAGCAUCCCUUCAUUCCUUUCAGAAUACUGUGCAGGAUCUACUACCAAGUAAUCGAAAUUUUUGACGAAAUAUCCAAAACCUUGUACGCUAUAUCUUCCUCCAAAUUGUACUCGAAUAUCAUUGCCGGUGGUGGUUUUACAGCUGAUUGGCUUACCAGAAAGCUUAAUAAGCAUAAGGAACAUCCCGUUUUUUCCCCAUACGUCAAAAAAGAUUUAAAGUUCGCCCAGUAUUUCCCUUCGGCAAAUGACAAACCCUUUAAUCUUUACCGGGACCAAUUUAACUUGAGAAAACUCAUCUUAGUUACUACUAAAAUAUCAAAAAUAUUUGCUCUGGAUAGCCAAACUGGUAAAAUACUAUAUUCAAUCCAGCUCAGAUAUAUGAUUCCAUUCCAGUAUGCUUUAAAUGUACCUGACCGGAAAAAUAUAAAAGGGGAUGAGGGCCAAUUUUUGUUUUAUCUACUCAGGAGCAGCUCUCACUUUCCUUCCAUGCCUAAAGCUAUCAUCAUAGGUCGAGAUUCAAAAAACAUUUCAACUCGUCUCGUGUGUUUUAAUCCUAUAUCAGGAUACAUAAUCGACGAUUUAUCUUUCGAUUUCGAUAUCAAACAAGCCAUGCAAUUAUCAGUUUCAUCAGUUGAGUCAGAAUUCGUUAAGCCUGUGAUAAUUUUGGAUGAGAAAUACAAAGUGCACGUAUAUCCACCCAAUCUAGUCAACUUCGUUAAAGAUUAUAUAGACAAAAUUUACAUUUACACGACCGAACCCUCGAAUGGUGUCAUAACCGGGUUUAAACUGGGCUCACCACAAAAAUCACACCUUAUAGAUGAAAUCGAGAAUCAAACCUCAUCGAUUAUUUUCGUUGCCUGGCCCAUAUGGAAUCUUAAUUUAUUUUUCUUUCCCGGUCAAAGGGUAUUAUCCAUAACGUCUAAAAAACCUAAUGAAAAAAUUGAUUCUCCUGGUAAGGUUUUAGACGAUAGAAACGUUAUGUACAAAUACAUAAACCCAAACUUAAUAGUUGUUGUAACAGAAUGCCCACUAGAUGUUUGUAAUACUGUCUACUUUGAUAUUUUCCUCGUGGAUUCAAUAAUAGGCAACGUAAUUUACAGUUCCCGUCACAAAAAGUGCAAGGGCCCGGUUUUAGUGAUAAAUUCUGAAAAUUGGAUUUUCUAUUCUUAUUACAGCGUUAAACAGCGCAGACGAGAAAUGUCUAUCAUAUAUUUGUACCAAGGAAAGCAGUUUUCCGAUUCUUCUAAACUUUCUUCAUCCAUACACGGCCCUCUCAACAGGUUCCCUUUGGUCGAAGCUCGAACCUUCAUUUUCCCGCUUCACUCAGACAUAACCUCUCUUACUACUACUUUUACCGAGCUUGGUCUCACCCAAAAGAAGAUCAUCAUGGCACUCGCUGAUGGGAAACUCUAUCAAUUUGGUCGCGAAAUUUUAGAUCAAAAAUUUUCCUAUCAAAAGACCAAAAUUUCUAAGAAGGUGAUAUUUUACGUGCCAGAAUUACCCUAUUUCACCCAACAAGUCAUGAAUUACAACCGAAGUCUUUUCAGGAUCAAAGGAUUCUACGUUUCGCCUUCUGGAUUGGAAUCAACUUCCCUAGUUUUCGCUUAUGGAUUAGAUUUGUACAAUACCCGGAUAGUUCCCUCUAAUCACUUCGACGUUUUAAAGGACGACUUUGAUUGUUGGAUUAUAAUAGCGGUUUUAUUAGCGUUAGCUUUAGCCUCUUACAUUACCCAAAAGCUGGCCGCCAGGAAGGAACUCAAUAUGGCCUGGGAAUAAAUCAACCAUUAAAUUCAUGUUCAAAUCGAUUUUCAUUAUAUCUUAACAUUAUGUCUCGUUUAAAAAUGUUUUUAAUUUUAGACAAAUUAUUCAAAAUAAAACGCUAUAUUUUUUUUAUAGCUUUCAAAUAAAUCCUAUUUUAUGUUUGAGAUUCUUGAGAUAAUUUAAUCUCAACAUCCUGACCCCCCCCCUACACAACCUUGCUUUUGAUUUAGUUAACAACAGGAGGUUACAUUUUAUAUUAAGUCUCCCAAUUUUUAAUUCCUCUAAUCCAUUUUUACUUAGCGAAAAUUUUAUCCUAUAUUUUUUUCAUAAUUUAUUUUUUAUAAAUUACAUCGAAAAUUUGCUCCAAUCAUUAAA